AUGAUACUAUUGGCCUCGGAUGGAACAAGACGCGAAGGCAUUCAUUCAGAAAUGCAACAAGUGUCAACGCCAUUCACCGUUGGUGCAUUAACUGGUAGAACUACUACAUUCGGUACUAUCCCCAUGGCCAUUCAUGAAAUGGGGGAUGGAUAUAGUUGGGUCGCUGCCACCGGUCCUGGGAAGGUAAGAUUUUUUUUAAUUUUAACUGAUUACUUCACUAAAUGGGUUGAAACAGGUCCUUACCAAAAAAUCAGUGAGCGCGAAGUGGUCGAUUUCCUAUUGGAAAACAUAAUUUGCUGGUUCAGAAUACCAAAGGAGAUUGCCUUUGGCAACGGACCACAGUUCAUAGGCUCCAAGGUCACAAAAUUUCUUGAAGACCUGAAAAUUAAAAGAAUCACAUCUUCACCAUACUAUCCAAGCGCAAAUGAGCAGGCGGAAUCAACCUAUAAGGUGAUUAUUCAAAACCUCAAAAUAUGGUUGGAAGUAGCCAAAGGCAAGUGGCCCAAAGAGUUACCGGGAGUGUUGUGGGCAUACCGGAUGACGGCCAAGUCGAGCAGGGGAGAGACACCUUUCUCUCUCGUAUACAAUGCAGAAGCUCUGAUCCUAGUGGAAAUAGGAGAACCGAACUUGCGGUACUUUCGGGCGGACGAAGAAGCAAAAAUUGUUGGUCAAAUUGGAGCUGCUUGA